GUGCAUUCUGGGAUAGUAAAUUUUUUGCUAGGAAGGUGGCCCGGAAAACAACGCCAUUUUUCGCGCCAAGCCCGUAGGUGAUCGGUGUGUCGUCGCGAGGCUCGUGCCGUUGAUUUUGCCAUUGACUAGAACCUUGCUUUUCAGCAGGUUUUGCCGCCCAUCAGCGGUUCUUCAUUCAGCAUGGCGCCGAGGACAAAGCUCUUUGUGGGCCACUUGCCAGACGGCCUUCGCACAGAGGAACUUUCAGAGCUCUUUGCCAAGUAUGGCACAGUGACUGAGUGCGAUGUCAUCAACAAGUAUGGUUUUGUGCACAUGGCCACAGAGGAGCAGGCAGAGGAGGCUCUCAAGAAUUUGAACAACUACAACUUCAUGGGCUCCACACUGUCGGUUGAGCGCUCCACAAGCAAGUUUCACCAAGAGCCUGGCGCACCUGGCAGAGCUAAGGGAGGACCAAGUCGACCACCCUACGGCCAGGGCAUGCAGAGGAACGGCUAUGACGGAAGGCCUUCUGGAGGCUACUACAACGGUGGACCAGGUGGUUAUGGCGACUACCGCCGGGGCGGUGACUUCUAUGACCGGGCCCCAUACCGAGCCAUGGUAGACAGGCCGCGGCCCUACCCAGCCCCUUACGAGCGCCGGGACGACCCCUACGCACCACGACGCCCACCCCCGGGACCCCCCUCCAUGGGACCUGACAUGUACGAGCGGAGGCCGGCUCCAGACUAUGCCCUCUACAGCCGCCGGUCGCCUCCCCCUGCCUCAGGGUACAGCUGGGGUGCCGGCUAUGGGUCAUCUGACCGCAUGGGCGGCUACUCCUAUGGCGGCUACUAGGCGCCACUGGUCUCCCCCCGAACAGCCUGCCUUACAGGUGUCUCCUACACACACACACUACUGCCACCACUGGGUGUUUUGGUAAGUUUUUGCGAGGCCCUCUCUUGGCCCGACCCCACCUCCUGUUCCAGGAUUGUUUACUCGCCGCGGUGGCUCAACGGCUAUGGCGUUCUGCUGCUGAGCUCGAGGCACGAUACCCGGCCGCGGCGGCUCCAGUUCUGUUGGCUAGGAACGCAGAAAACGCCCGUGUGCUGACAUUGCGGUGCACGUUAAACAUCCAGCUGGUGUCAGCCUACCACAGUAAAGGGAAGGAGGUGCAAUGUGAAAAGAAUACAGUAGCUCAAGGUUGAGUGACAGGAAUACAUUAAACAUCCAGCUGGCUUAGCCUACCACAGAGUAAAUGGAGGUGCAAUGUGAAAAGUUAAUACAGUAGCUCAGGGUUGAGUGACAGGAAUACCAUUUAUUAAUGUGUACAUAGUGGAUGGUUGCUUGGCUGAAGAAUAAAAGAUAUUGGUCAAUGAAAGGAUAUAUGAAUAAAUGGAUUUGAAAGUA